UCGCUACAACCUUGAUAUAUCACCCUAUUACGAACAACUGAUCAUUGAAUAUAUAUAUAUAUAUAUACUGACGUUGAUUGAUCUUUUUUUUUUCUCUCUCUCUUAGUCGUGGUUUCUACGAUAAGCGUAUGUCUCAAGAAGUAUCUGGUGAUGCUCUUGGUGAUGAAUUCAAGGGUUACGUCUUCCGUAUCUCUGGUGGUAAUGACAAGCAAGGUUUCCCCAUGAAGCAAGGUGUUUUGUUGCCUCAUCGUGUCCGUUUGUUGUUGUCCAAGGGUCACUCUUGUUACCGUCCUCGUCGUACUGGUGAACGCAAGAGAAAGUCUGUCCGUGGUUGUAUUGUUUCUUCUGACUUGUCUGUCCUCUCCCUCGUGGUUGUCAAGCAAGGUGAACAAGAUAUUCCUGGUUUGACUGAUACUGCCGUUCCCAAGCGUCUUGGUCCCAAGCGUGCAUCCAAGAUCCGUAAGUUCUUCAACUUGUCUUAUGCUGAUGAUGUUCGCAAGUAUGUGAUCCGUCGUGAAAUCCAACCCAAGAACCCUGAAAAGAAGCCUUUCACCAAGGCUCCCAAGAUUCAACGUUUGGUCACUCCUGCUACUUUGCAACGUAAGCGUCAUCGUCGUGCCAUCAAGCGUAGACGAUGUGAAGCCUCCAAGGAAGCCGAAGCCGAAUACAAGCAAUUGCUCGCCAAGCGUGUCAAGGAAACCAAGGAAAAGAAGUUGGAACGCCGCCGUACUUCCUCCAUGCAAAAGUCUGCUUCUGCUUAAAUCAACAACAACAACAACAACAUAUAGUAUCUCUUUUUUAUCAUUAGUGUUUUGUUAUCAUAUUUGUUUUUUAUUCAAUAAAAACUUUUUCUUUAUUAUUAUCUCAAAUGGACAUCACAGAUCGCUUUUCUCCUAUCUAGGCUAGAAAGCAUAUAAUAGGUAGAUUUACCUUUUUUUUU